UUACUUUGGGAUGUCUCCUUUUCAUAGGACAUCAUUAUAAUAAUAAAAUAAUACAUUUAUAAAAUAAUAAUAAUAAUAAUACAGAAAUAAGAUAAUGGGAAAAUAAAUACACCAGGACACCCCGUUGCAAAUAUAACAUCAUGAAUAAAAUGCAAUAAUAUUCUGCUAUUUCUGUUCAGAUGUACUUAUUUCUAGCUUGAGGCCGUUGUUUUCUCAACCAAAUACAGCACCUGUCAAGCAGUAUGCGUUCGCGCGCAUGACAAAGGAAGUUUGAUCCUAAGAGGACGCCAUACUGGGCUCGGAAAUGGGUUAGGGAGCGAAUUUAUUAUUUAAAAAAACUGGGAGACAGGGAAACGUCUACAUUUAAAAAAUUACAAUUAGUGAUAAGUAGUUUUUACUCUCUAAAAUAUUCAGAAAAUGAUGGACCAAGGCUUAGAAAUGGUAUCUAUGAUUCCAGCUCUCCGCGAGCUUGGGAGCGCCAGCCCAGCGGAAUAUAAUAAUGUUGUACAGAAGCCACGACAAAUUCUCUGUCAGUUUAUUGACAGAAUAUUAACUGAUGUAGAUGUCGUUGCCCUGGAGCUGUCCAAAAAGAGUGACCCACAGCCAGCCUGUGUGAUGCUCCUAGAUUUUGUGCAGCAUAUCAUAAAGUCCUCUCCUCUGAUGUUUGUGAACCCUGCUUGUGAACUUGACCAGUUUAGGGAUGUAGAAAGUAGCUGUACAGAAUUCAGUAACUGGAUUAUAACUAGACUUCUUCGGAUCGCUGCAGCCCCUAACUGCCAGUCUUUGCACAGGAAGAUAGCCAGCGUCAUCUGUUUUUUACUUCAUCUAUUUAAGGUUAAGAGCCUUAGUAUAUUUAGGGUACUGACCAAAGAGCUAAUUGACCUCUGUCUAGACCUAAUUUGUGUGCAUAGAAGAAGCCAACGGGUUAAUCCUGAAGGAGAGACAUAUAUGUGGCCAUUUUCCGUUAAUAGAUUUUCAGUUACACAGAAAGUUGAUCAAGGGUAUUUAACAACUGCAACCUUGCAACUUUCCUCAAUGGCAACUGUUGAAAUGUUUGAAGUGACACUGCUAACAAUUCUAGCAGACAUCCUUCCUGGGAUUUUUUGUAGAAGACUGGAAAUCACGCUGUGGGAAGUCAUUUGUUCAUUUUUGCAAUACGGAGGUCAUAAAACAAAGAGUAUGGCCCUGGACUUGAUUGCACAACUCUUAGAGCUAGGUAGACCACCAGGAAAAAGUGCACAUUUAUUUUCAGCAUUUCUGGACAUAUUACACUCCUUUAACGGAAUGGAGAAGUCUAAACUGGAGUUGUAUGCAAAACCGUUUGGACGUGUUACAAGGUCACUGUUUCCACACAAGGUAGAUACGUACAGAAAUAUAGAACAGGUGUACCUAAACAUGGUGAUGGACAAGCUUUGUGAACUCAUCAAAAACGGACUGCUUAAAAACCUGGAGUCAGACGAGCUGAAAAUUACGUUCUGUGAAAUAUUUCAGUACAUCCUGAAGUUUGUCCCACCUGGUUAUGAGUCUGCUGUUGAGAUAAGAAGUGAUCGUGUGAAAGGUGUUUGCACAUCUUUAAUUGAGAUCAUUGGAACUCAAACAAAACAGAGGUGCUUGGUAGGCUAUUUGUAUGUGGCCCUGAAGAUCGAGGGGAUGGAUAUUCUUCAGGAGAUUCAGUCUGAUUCUUCUGAUGAAGGGACAGGGAGCAGCAGCAGCAAUAAGAUUUCUUCUCAUGGACCACUCUCUAAAAAACCCAAGACCCAAGUAAUUUGCUCAGUGGACAUGAAGACAAAGAGUAAGCUGUGGGGCUUGCUGGAUAGACGACUGAUGACGUUGCUUUCUCUGGUCAAAGAGCAGCCUUUAACCCAGGCUCUCGGUGCCUUGGAGGGGGUAGCGGUGAUCCUGUACCUGGCUGCUCUCUGCUCAUGCCACUGCUGUCCUCAGCCUCCGGUCAGCAGCUACAGCAACAUGGCCACGAAGUUGAAUGUUGACGGUGGUAAGACACCAGAGCCUCAAAGUCCAUCCACUAAAGUGCAGCUGGUUUGGAUAACCCCUGAGUUAAUAUCCCAGGUCCUGGAAAUCUGUAGGAAGAUGCUAGUCUGUGCUAACCGUGAAAACAAUCUGGAUCUGGCAACUGAGCAAAUAGUGAGGAUAAUUGAUGCCAUCCUUUACAUGCAUGUGAACUGCCAGAUUGAGGGGGGGAUUCACAAAAGCCUCUGUGCUCUUCUGUCAUUGCCGUGGGUUUUAGAGCACAAUUCACAUUCUGCCUUCCAAUUGGCUGGUUUCAGUUCAAGCCUUGUUGCUUUAAGUCAAAAGAUGUCGAACAGUUUCUCAUUACAGACGCAGGCACACUGUGUGUAUUUGCUAUCGUUACUGCCCAGGAACACAUGUCCAGAUUGGAGAUCAGCAGUCUACCAUUGGGCAUUGCAAAGUCAAAGCGAAGCUGUCCGGGCCAGUGCAGUAAAAGCAUUCCCUAAACUGCUUUGUCAUCUGGGAAUUAAGUCCUAUAGCCUCAUACAUGAGGUUCUGUUAAGUAAGCUACAGGACAGUUCCAUAUUGGUGAAAAAGGAACUGGCUGGGAUUGUUGGAGAGUUAGCUUGUUGUCUUUCUGAGACAUUUGAGCUCAGGAUGCAAGUUAAUGAACCAACAGGUCACGACCUUCUCUGCAGCCACCUGAUUGUAAACUCAGCUCAUGCAGAAACAAUAACCACAAUUGGAGCUUCCGUUUUCACUCCAUUCUUAAUGCUUCUCAGAGCAGAGACAAGCAGUUCAGUGAAAUCUGCUUUUAUAGAAAACAUUCCUCAUCUGUGCAAGCAUGUGAACCUGGGGAAUCGUGAUCCCGAUACGAUGGCUGUUCUAAGUGCUCUUGUAAACCUCAUGGAAGAUCCUGAUAAAGAUGUCAGAAUGCUGUUUAGUAAAAACAUCAAAUACCUGUUAGAGUCCUGGGAAACAGAGCAGGGUGCUUUAAAAGAGCUUAUUGUAUCCCGAUUGAAGGAGGCUUAUACAAAUGCUAAAACUGCAAGAAAUAAUGAGCUGAAAAACACACUAAUACUCACCACUGGAGAAAUUGGCAGGGUUGCCAAAGGAGACCUGGUUACAUUCGCACUGCUUCACCUCAUGCACUGUCUUUUGUCAAAGGCUGCUCUUGUUUCUGUAUCUGCAUACACUGAGAUCAGAGCACUAGCUUCUGCCAGAUCAUUGAAACUGCCUUCGUUCUUCAACCAGUACAAAAAACCCAUCUGCCAGUUUCUGGUGGAGUCGCUGCACUCCAGGCACAUGACUGCUCUCACUAGCACCCCGGGGCAAAGCAACGAGACACUGCAGCAAGAGGCCGCCCACCAGAGGGAGGUGGCUUUGGACAUCCUAUCUCAAGUCGCUCAUGUGUUUAACUUCCCAGAUCUGAAUCGCUUCCUUAAUCGUACCCUGCAGGUGCUGCUUCCUUAUCUCGCUGCCAAGGCUAGUUCAACAGGGUCCGCUCUGAUUCGGACCAUCGCCAAGCAGCUGAAUAUGAACCGCAGGGAGAUUCUGAUCAGCAACUUCAAGUACAUCUUUUCUCACCUCGUCUGCUCUUGUUCGAAGGAUGAACUGGCUCGUGCGUUCCACUAUCUCAAGAGUGAAACUGAAAUUGAACUGGGAAGUCUGUUAAGACAAGAUUUCCAGGGACUGCAUAAUGAGCUGCUGCUGCGUCUUGGAGAACACUACCAGCAGGUUUUCAAUGGCCUGGCUAUUCUGGCUUCCUUUGCGUCCAGUGAUGAUCCAUACCAAGGACCACGGGAUAUUACUACACCAGAGUUAAUGGCUGAUUAUCUUCAGCCCAAACUUUUGGGUAUUCUGGCCUUUUUCAACAUGCACCUGCUGAGCUCCAGUGUUGGGGAGAAAGAGAAGAAAAAAAUGGCUUUAAACAGUUUGGUGUCAUUAAUGAUGCUCAUGGGGCCCAAGCACAUUAGUUCAGUCCGGGUGAAGAUGAUGACCACCCUGAGAACAGGCCUGAGAUACAAGGAUGAUUUUCCCCAGCUGUGCUGCAAAGCCUGGGAUUGUUUUGUACGAUGCUUAGACCAAUCCCACAUGGGACCGCUUCUAAGCCAUGUGAUUGUGGCUUUGCUGCCUCUGAUCCCUACUCAGCCCAAGGAGACUGCUGUGAUAUUCCACUAUCUCAUUGUAGAGAAUAGAGCAGAAGUGCAGGAUUUCCUUCACGAGAUUUACUUUCUGCCCGACCAUCAUGAACUUAAGGAGAUUCAAAAGGUCUUGCAAGAUUACAGGAAGCAAACCUCUAAGAGCACUGACCUCCAGACUGCUCUGCAGCAGUCGAUGAGAGCCAUUCAGCACGAGAAUGUGGAUGUGCGCAUACACGCCCUCACAAGUUUAAAGAAAAUGAUAUACAAGAAUCAGGAAAAGCUUAUUAAGUAUGUGUUAGAUAGUGAGACAGUGGAGCCGAUCAUCUCGCAGCUGGUGACUGUGCUCCUGAAAGGCAGCCAGGAUGCAAACCCUGAAGCUCGGCUGCUGUGUGGAGAGUGUCUUGGGGAGCUGGGGGCCAUUGACCCUGGCCGACUGGACCUGUCAAUAACCGACACUCAAGGGAAGGGCUCCAUGUUUGUGAGUGGCGUAGAAGACAGCAGUUUUGCCUAUGAACUGCUUACAGAGCUGACAAGAGCCUUCCUUGCCUAUGCAGAUGAUGUCCGUGCACAGGACUCUGCCGCCUAUGCUAUGCAGGAGCUCCUUGCAAUGUUUGAGUGCCGAGAAGGAAGAAGUGACUGCCCAGGGCGGAGGCUGUGGAGACGUUUCCCUGAGCAUGUGCAAGAAAUCCUGGAGCCCCAUCUGAACAGCCGGUAUAAAAGUACUCAAAAGGCAUUAAACUGGUCCAAAAUAAAGAAGCCAAUCUACCUAAGUUCCCUGGGAAGCAACUUUGCAGAAUGGUCGGCAACGUGGGCAGGCUAUCUAGUCACAAAUGUCAGGGAUGAGCUAGCGAGCAAGGUUUUUAACUGCUGCAGUUUCAUAAUGAAACAUGACUACAAAGUUACCAUAUACCUACUGCCACACAUCUUGGUCUAUGUUCUGCUAGGAUGUACCCAGGAAUAUCAGCAAGAGGUUUACGCUGAAAUAAUGGCUGUAUUGACCGAAGAAGAUCCUCGGAUUACGAGACUGCACGAGAUUGCUUCAGAUCUCAGCCAGCUCAGCACACAGACCGUGUUCUCCAUGCUUGAUCACCUUACACAGUGGGCAAGGCACACGUUCCAGGCUCUGAACAUGGAGAAGAGUGCAGGACAGUCAAGCCGAGACAGAGGAAAUCCAAACGGUGAGAGGACGGAAGUGACAAGUACGAAGCUGAGCGAGUAUCAGAGCGUGAAACGCUUCCUAGACCUCAUUCCCCAGGACACCCUGGCCAGGGCCUCUUUCCGUUCCAAAGCCUACACUCGGGCAGUGAUGCACUUUGAGUCGUUCUUUUUUGAAAAAAAGCAAAACAUUCAGGACCACCUUAGCUUUCUGCAGUCGCUCUAUGCUGCUAUGCACGAGCCUGAUGGCGUAACCGGAGUGAACGCCAUUCGAAAAGAAGAACCCUCCCUGAGAGAGCAGAUACUGGAACACGAGAGCAUAGGCUUGCUGAGAGACGCCACUGCGUGUUACGACAGAGCCAUUCAGCUGGAGUCAGACGAGAUACUUCAUUAUCAUGGUGUGAUGAAGUCAAUGCUUGGACUUGGUCAGCUUUCCACAGUAAUUACUCAGGUCAAUGGCGUGCUUGCUAAUAGGCCACAGUGGAAAUCUGAACUGAACACAUACAGAGUUGAAGCAGCGUGGAAAUUAUCACAAUGGGACUUAGUAGGGGAAUAUCUAGCUUCAGAUCAAAAAUCCAGUAAAUGGAGCGUGAGACUUGGUCAGCUGCUACUUGCAGCCAAACAGAAGGAUGCUGAAACAUUUUAUGAAAAGCUCAAAGUAGUCCGGGCCGAACAGGUUGUGCCAUUGUCUGCUGCUAGCUUUGAAUGGGGUUCAUAUCAGAGAGGAUAUGAAUACAUUGUCAGAUUACAUGUGCUAUGUGAGCUGGAGCAUACUUUCAAGGAUCUGCAAAAUCAGUGGCGGAAAGAUGGCACAAAGGAGAAGGAACAGACUCUCAACUGGCAGGCUCGACUGGAAAUGACACAGAAUUCCUUCCGUGCCAAAGAGCCCAUCAUUGCACUCCGCAGGGGAUUGCUGAGUCUCAGUAAAAGGCCAAAUUAUGGUGAACUGGUUGGAGAAUGCUGGCUGCAAAGUGCCAGAGUUGCCAGAAAAGCAGGUCAUCACCAGACAGCAUACAACGCUCUGCUCAACGCUGGAAACUCCAGCUUGUCUGAACUCUAUGUAGAAAAGGCAAAGUGGCUUUGGUCCAAGGGUGAUGUGCACCAAGCACUGAUCAUGCUACAGAAAGGAGUACAGCAGUGUUUCCCUGAAAAUGAAGUGCCCACUGAUCCAAAAAGCGUACAGAUCAAGGGCAGAGCAAUGCUUCUCGUAGGGCGUUUUAUGGAAGAAACUGCUAACUUUGAAAGCAAUGCAGUCAUGAAAGCGUAUAAGGAUGUUACAAACCUACUUCCAGAAUGGGAGGAUGGUAACUUUUAUUUGGCCAAAUACUAUGAUAAAUUGAUGCCCAUGGUAACAGAAAACAAAAUGGAGAAGCAAGGAGAUCUAAUUCGUUACAUAGUCCUUUUUUUUGGCAAGUCUUUACAGUUUGGAAAUCAGUACAUCUACCAGUCAAUGCCAAGAAUGCUAUCCCUAUGGCUCGACUUCGGUGCAAAAGUGUACGAGUGGGAAAAGGCUGGUCGUGCAGAUCGCCUACAAAUGCGAUCAGAUCUUGCGAAGAUAAACCGAGCGAUUACUGAGCAUACCAACCACCUGGCACCUUACCAGUUUCUGACGGCUUUCUCCCAGCUAAUUUCUCGCAUCUGUCACUCCCACGAUGAGGUCUUCACAGUGCUAACAGAGAUCAUUGCCAAAGUGUUUCUCGCCUACCCACAGCAAGCUAUGUGGAUGAUGACCGCAGUAUGCAAGUCCUCUUACCCAACGCGUGUCAACAGAUGCAAAGAAAUCCUGAGAAAGGCGAUUAACUUGAAGGACUCCUUAGGGAAGUUUAUUGGAGAUGCCAAUCGGCUCACAGACAAACUACUGGAGCUCUGCAACAAACGGGUGGAUAGUCCAACCUUCAGCAUGAGCAUUCAUUUCAAACUGCUGAAGAAACUUGUAGAGGAGCCUACAUUCAGUCAAAUUCUGAUUCCAUUACAGUCCGUAAUGACGCCAACGCUUCCAUCAACAGCUGGGGCCCACGCCAACCACUUGCCAUUCCCGGGGCACUGGGCUUAUAUUGCAGGCUUUGAUGAUACAAUCGAGGUCCUGGCCUCUCUUCAGAAACCAAAGAAGGUUUCCUUAAGAGGAUCCGAUGGGAAGUUCUACACAAUGAUGUGCAAACCUAAAGAUGACCUGAGGAAGGACUGCCGACUCAUGGAGUUCAACUCCCUCAUUAACAAGUGCCUGCGUAAGGAUGCCGAGUCUCGCAGGAGAGAGCUGCACAUCCGAACCUACUCAGUUAUCCCCCUGAAUGAGGAGUGUGGGAUCAUUGAAUGGGUGAACAACACAGCUGGUUUGAGAAACAUUCUAAACAAAUUAUACAAGGAGAAAGGUAUAUGCAUGACAGCAAAGGAGUUGCGACAGUUCAUUACGGGGAAGUCGACCCCAUUUCAGGAGAAAUUAACAAUGUACAAAGAAAUUCUUCUCCCACGACACCCUCCAGUCUUCCAUGAGUGGUUCCUAAGAACAUUUCCAGAUCCUACUUCCUGGUAUAGCAGUAGGUCAGCUUAUUGUCGUUCCACAGCAGUGAUAUCCAUGGUUGGUUACAUCCUGGGACUUGGUGAUCGCCAUGGAGAAAACAUCUUGUUUGACUCUCUCACAGGAGAGUGUGUACACGUGGACUUUAGCUGUCUGUUCAAUAAAGGUGAAACUUUUGAAGUUCCUGAAGUGGUUCCAUUCCGCCUGACCCAUAACAUGGUUCAUGCCAUGGGUCCAAUGGGAACUGAGGGGCUGUUCCGCCAAGCUUGUGAAGUAACCAUGAGGUUAAUGCGGGACCAGAGAGAGCCUUUAAUGAGUGUCUUGAAGACAUUUCUACACGACCCCCUGGUGGAAUGGAGUAAACCUGUCAAAGGAAAUUCAAAAUCACAAGUUAAUGAAUCUGGAGAAGUGGUCAACGAAAAGGCAAAGACCCAUGUACUCGAUAUUGAACAGAGGCUGCAAGGUGUGAUUAAGAACCGGAACAAGAUAAAGGGUUUGCCCCUUUCUAUAGAAGGACAUGUUCAUUACCUCAUCCAUGAAGCAACAGAUGAGAAUUUGCUGUGCCAGAUGUACAUAGGCUGGGCCCCAUACUUGUAACUGUGCAGUUACAGAACCGAGCUCAGCAUUGGAAAAAAUGAAGCAAACUAUUCAUGUUUUAAUGAUCUUGAUCUAAAUACCUUUGACUAACACUUUUUUUUUCACACGACUGCAUCCCUUGCCGCCUUAAAAAAAAAAACCUUUUAAAAAACUUGAACACAAUUUUCCUUUUAGACAGCCCAGAGUAUAUCGAUUUAUACUGCCAGAGACAGUAUAGAUUACUGGUAGAAGGCAACACUGCAAAAUAAAUGUAUGGAUACAUUUUCCUUUCAAGUGGCUUGUUCUUUCAUUCUUAUUGAUUGUAAGUUUGUUCUUUUAUUUGAUAACAAAAUGGAUAUAUAACACUGCUGUUUAGGUCAAUUGAAUGUGCCUUUUUAACAAAAUGUAUUAACAAAAAUCCUUUUGAGGGCAGUUAGUUAAGGACUUGGUUGCAGUGUUAUCGGUUAUCAGUUGUUUAUUUUUCCUAUUUUCCUAUUAUUUUUUUUGCCACAGAAAUAUGCCAAUGUUUAUAUAAUGUCAUUGUUUGUUUUAAUACACAACAUAUGUGUUCACUUCUACGGCAAUGUGAAUAUAUGUUUGUAUUAAAUAGUAAAGCAUUUUUUUCAAAAUGGUGUAGAUAGUAUCAUUAAUGCUGUUGUAUUAUUCUUACUUUCCAUUUACUUUUAUUGUGUUAAAUAUUAAGAACAACUUAAUUUUGUUCAAUUUAAUUUAGUGGCUUCCUAUUUUUUUCCUUGGUAAUACAAACUUACAUGAUAUUACUCACAGCUAAAACAAUAUACUUAUCAUUAGUCUAACAAAUUAAUGCUUAGUGUGUUAACUAUGCAACCGACCUGUUAAAUAAAUGGUUGUGCUGAUUUAAAAGUA